GCCGCCUGCCCGCCGCCUGAGGUCUCCUCCGCCCCGCCCGCUGGGGGUGGCGGUGGAGUGAGACACCCGGGAGGCUGCUUCGGACUCUGCACCCUCGGGUGUGUGCCUCCCGCUUCCUGGAGGGCUGUUUAGUCCUCCUCCGCCGUCUAUGGAAGGGGCCAGGUCCCCAUCGCCCGGAAACGAGCUAGAGCUGUCAGAGCUCGAGAGGCAUCCGGACGAAGAGACGCCUCUCAAUGGAGCCGCCCAGGUCAUCCCUUUUUCUGCUGAUCCGGGUCCAGCCCAGGCUAAUCCAAAAAGCCCUCAGAGCUCCCGUAAUAGGAAAUUGAUCAGAAAGUGUCUACUGUGGAUGGUCUUCAUUUUCCUAGUUCUCAUUACAGUGAUCAUUAGCUUAUUUCUUAUUGAAGUACCUUCUGUCGAUGAAGAUGAAAAUGAAAUACUUGAGUUAUCAUCAAAUAAAACAUUCUUGGUCAUACUAAAGAUUCCAGAAGAGUGUGUUGCUGAAGAGGAAUUGCCUCACCUGCUCACGAAAAGGCUCACAGAUGUGUACAGUUCAUCUCCGUCUCUGAGUCGUUAUUUUACUUCAGUGGAAGUUGUGGAUUUCAGUGGUGAAAACGCCGCGAUAACCUACCACCUGCAGUUUGGGGUUCCAUCGGAAGAUGACGGUUUUCUGAAGUAUAUGAUGAGUGAGGAGUUAGUGCUGGGCAUUUUGCUGCAAGAUUUCCAUGAUCGGAACAUGUCUGGUUGUGAGACUCUGGGGCUUGGUCCAGAGUCUCUCUUGCUCUACGAGUGAAGUGGUGGAGGUUGGUCUGUGUCUGGAAGCUCUGUUUUACUCUGUUGUGGGAUGAAGAGAAGUAAUUCGUCUUAAGGAAAAGAUCCUGUGAAUUAACCCAGAAGGACUCAAAAUGCCUAGAGAGGUGGACACGGUCUUUUUUCUCCUGAUUCUGCAGUUAUGAUGUCCGGCAAAAUGGCACCUGAGAGCUGCCCCAGCUGUUUCCAGUUGUGAUAAAGGCUAGACCUUGAAGUAUGAGAUCACUGCUGUUCUUGAAGCACGAGGUGCCUUCAUCCACAUGUGGUCACUUUCUCUUUAGUGCUAGAGUGGCCGUUAGGCAGAAUCCUGCUAACCCGUGCUGGUGGAGAGAGCACAGGAAGAGGCAGGCAAAGAGGUGAGGGAGAAUUGGACCAUUCGAUCACUGAAGUCCUCCUCUCACUCACCAUUAUAUUUGAUCUACCUCUAAGCAAGUCUUUGAGGAAAAGCAAGGCACUUUACAAGACCUAAGCAGCGUGGUUCUGUGUCUGCUUCCAUCACCUGUAUCUGCAUGUCUUAGCAAACCAUCGUGGGUGGGCAUAUUACUGUUACUGUAUUAUAUAUAACUGCAGAAAUAAGAUGUGUGUUCCUUAAUUAUUUUGCAUUUCCUCAUUGCUCCUGUGGCUCCUAAACCCCUCUUUCAGAAACUUGGUUUCUGUGAGUUUUGAACACACUGCUAUCAUUUUGGAUAGUUUUUCCAUGUAUAUUUUCACAAACUUCCAUCAGGGAAUCAGUAAGACCACCUACUGUCUGCUGUAGCUAUUACACAUUGGCUUUUCAUUGUCCAUUGUUAAUAGCCUUCCUGUAUUACUCGGUGUCUUCAGGCAUUGUUCGUGGAUCUUAUUGAAGAUGGUUGUGAAAAAGGAAGAACCACUCUUUGUUUGAAAUGAACUGUUGGAAGCUUAAUGCCAAUUUAUUUGCAGGGUAUGAGGGAUAUCGGUGACCAUGUUGGUCAUUGGCAGAUACAGAAUUGCCUGUCAUGAGAGAACACAGUAUUUGUUUUUUUGAGAAAAUUGUUUUGUUGGAAAUUUUCCAGGAGAAGGAGUUUCGUGGUCUUAAAAUGAGAGCCCCUUAGCCCCAACCUCUCAGUUAAAUGAGCCUUGAAUGGAAGCCAGUAAGAGGGGCAGCUGUGUAUGGGGAUGUGCCCAAGUGUGUGUCUCAGGGAGGUUUGCCUUGAGCUCUUUAUGACCCAGGACUCUGGAUGAUGCGAACGUUCUUAUUGUAACUCAGUGUCUCAUUUUGACGAUAGUUCCUCAAACUAGUGAAACAGGUGAAUUUUCCUUCUUCCUCUUUGUUUUUUACAUGUCAAAUAUAAACCUUAGUGUACUUUUUAGAAAAUAAUGAAUAACUUUAAUAGAAAAGGAUUUAAAAAUACAA